UUUUUAAUGAUAUUUUUAGGGAAAUAAAAUACCCAUCCACGGUUCCAAUGAAUAAUUUUGAGUGUUCACUCACCUGAUCCUAUAAAGCUGAUUUUGACUGAGUUCGCUUUUCCUUGGUCUCCAUUACCUGUAACUUGUAAUAAGGAGAAAAAAAAGAAAAGAAAAAGAAAAUGCUCAUAGAUUUGGCUAAUUGGCUUUCAUCACAAAUCCUACAAAAAUGGUAAUAUCCAUGAGCACUUGCCUGUCGCCUGAAGAUUCACAAAAUUUCAUUGGCCUUUUUUGGUGAAGAUUGCCUAACAAAAUUUCAUUGGCCUUGUGCUGAAGAUUGCCAAAACCCCAUCUUCUGAUUAAACUCUUCAUGAAUGAUUUUGAUUUUGCCUGCACUCUUCACCCUUCCUCAACAAAUCCUAAUAGAUUACCCCUUUAAUCUUUCUUUCAUUAUUACCAUUUUUGUUAUUGCUACCAUUAAUUUAUACAGAUACAUAGAGAUUGCUUUGUAAUUUUUGUAAUUGUUAUUUAUUAUUAAGAGUAAUGCAUUUUUACAUAGAGAGAAGGAGAUUUGUAUUCUAACAGGUGUUUGGUGUUUGAUUGUAAUGGGCUUGUUCGAUUCAUGGUUGAGCAAAGAUGUGAGGAGGUUCAUCAAAAGAAGAGACAGUGAUGCAGGAGAAACAGGUCGAGCUCUGGAGGAGCUCAGAAGUUCCCUGUAUAAUGAGCUCAGAACUUCAGAAGGAGCUAAGCGCCAACAGCAACGAUGUUGUGGACCAGUGGUGGCAAUGACCUUUAAUUUCAUGGUUGCUGUUGGGAUAAUCCUAGCAAACAAACUGGUCCUGGGGAAAAUUGGAUUCAAUUUCCCAAUCUUUCUCACAUUGAUCCACUACUUCACUGCAUGGAUUCUCAUGGCAAUUUUCAAGGGAUUAGCAUUGUUGCCUGUCUCUCCUCCCUCAAAAACCACUCCUUUCUCUUCCCUCUUCUUUUUGGGGGCUGUCAUGGCUCUUUCCACAGGCCUUGCCAAUACCAGUUUAAAAUUUAACAGUGUCGGUUUCUAUCAGAUGGCCAAAAUUUCUGUCACCCCAACCAUAGUCCUAGCAGAGUUUAUUCUCCUAAAGAAAACCGUCUCCUUCAAAAAGGUUUUGGCUCUCUCUGUUGUUUCAAUAGGUGUGGCGAUUGCAACGGUAGCAGAUUUGGAGUUCAACAUGUUUGGCGCUUGCAUUGCGAUACUUUGGAUAAUCCCAAGUGCCAUAAACAAGAUCCUCUGGUCAAAUCUACAACAGCAAAGCAAUUGGACUGCUCUUGCGUUGAUGUGGAAGACUACACCAGUCACUAUUUUCUUCUUACUAGCUUUAAUGCCAUGGUUAGACCCUCCAGGGGCGUUGUCCUUUGUGUGGGAUGUGAGCAACGCUAGUGCCAUUCUUAUAUCAGCUUUACUCGGCUUUCUCCUACAAUGGUCUGGAGCUUUAGCACUUGGUGCAACUUCUGCAACCUCUCAUGUAGUUCUUGGGCAGUUCAAAACUUGUGUGAUACUACUGGGGGGCUAUAUACUUUUCAAGUCAGAUCCAGGGUUUGUGAGCAUUUGUGGGGCUGUUGCAGCCCUUUGUGGGAUGUCAGUUUACACAUCGCUCAACUUGAGGGGGUCGGGGGAAUCUUCGGGCAAGCAAAGCUUGCCUUCCUUCAAACAGAAAGCCAGCAUGGAAGACCACACCUCUGAGAAGUCAGAUGUAAACAACAACACACCCAAUGUUGUCUGAAUCAAACACACUUACUUCAGAUGAAGGUCCUAAGAGAAACUGUCUUAGUUUCUCCCAAGUCCCAUGUAAUUGUGAGUAUGAUUUUUUGUUUGGUUUAUAGGAUAGAAUGGUUGAUCUCAGUUUUGUGAUUAGGAAUAAUUUUUUGUCUUUAGGAUACGACGAUUGAUCUAUCGCAGUUUUGGUAAAGCAUUAGCUAAUCGUAGAUGGUAAGAUGAUUUCAAUUUUUUUUCUUUUUUCUUUUUUAAUUUCUUCUGGCUAUGUAUCAACAGCAUUCUCAUUGUUCUGUAUGAUAACUAGCAAAAUUCUCCA